UUGAAGCUUCCUGAAAUUUAUUUGAACUGAGGCCAUGAAAAUAAAGUGAAAUGGUGCUCUUCUUCUCCUCUAAGGCUCCUUUACAAUGUCUCGUAUUACCGGUGAUAAUCAUAGCUUUUAUUGCAGGGACAUAGCCAUUAAUCUCCACUGCAAAACCAAGUUCCUGAUGCUUAUGGUGUCGGCAUAUGAAAGGAUAGAUUUAGGGUUUAUAGCGAAGAGCUUUGGGCUUGACCCCUGUUCUGUGAAGAUCAAUGGCCAUUCUGUAAGCAGGGACUCUGAUUUUGUUUCUUCUCUUCCUUGGAGAUCGAUUCUUUCUUUCUUUGAGGCCAAGGGGCUUUCGACUGGUAAUCAUCUGCACGAUGCUAUUUUGGUUGAUGGGAGGCCUCUCUGUGUCCUCGAUAGCAGAGGAUCACAGAACGCUUCAGUUGAGAACAGAAAUGUCUUCUGUGAUUCAAAAGAGGAGAUUAAUGACAUUGGUAGUAAGAGGAAGACCUCUUUAGAAGAUCAGACGGCCUUGACUGCACCCACAUGUAAAAGAGGGAGAUGAAUUUGGAAAUUUAAAAAAAGGCGAAGCUUUUUGUAUCACAAGAUAAAAUUUCCUUGUCUAUAUUUUAGUGUGUUAAAUUAUAGAUUUGUUGAAUUUGUUUAGUACUUCCUUUCCUGUUCUCAUCUUUCCUGUUUAUUUGGGUGUCUUCCUCUUUGAAGCACCCGGUUUCUAUGCUGGAGUUCUGUAUCAUAAUUUCAGUCUCAAUUCUUCAAAGACAUAUGCCCUGAAACCUCCCUCUCUCUGCCCCAAAACAGAGAGAUGCAGCACUUUUUCCA